AAACUGAGCUUUUAAAAUUACAAAAGAAACACCAUACUUUAAAGCCCAGAGUGCAACGUACUUUGCAAAAACCCUAAACCCUCUCUCUUUCUCUCUCGGCGACUCUGCACUCAUCAAUGGCAACGCAAUCGUUAGACGAAGAAACAACUAAGAAAGUCAUACGACAGGUUGAGUUUUAUUUCGGCGAUAGCAACCUUCUCACCGAUGGUUUCAUGAGGAAUAGUAUCACUGAAAGCGAAGAUGGCAUGAUUAGUUUGGCGCUGAUUUGCUCGUUUAAUCGAAUGCGAAAGCACCUUAAUUUGGGUGAUGUAAAGCCCGAAGAAGUGGCCCAAGAUACCGUGAAUGCUGUUGCUCAAACUUUGAGAAAUUCAGCUACACUCAAGGUCUCCGAAGAUGGGAAAAAAGUUGGCAGGAAAACUGAACUUCCAAAGCUAGAAGAGGUUGAGCAGGUGGAGAUAAGAACACUUGCUGUAUCGCCAUUUGAACAUGAUCUGAAGCUUGAAGAUGUGGAGAAACUCUUUGGUCAAUAUGCCAAGGUUAAUAGUGUCCGGCUUCCCCAUCAUGUUGGAGACAAAAAGUUCUUCUGUGGCACUGCUCUUGUAGAAUUUUCUUCAGAGGAAGAUGUAGAAAAGGUCAUGAAGGAAAAAUUGGUAUAUGCUGGGGCUGAGUUAGAAUUAAAACCAAAGAAGGACUUUGAUGCAGAUAGAGAAAAAGAACUAGAAGAUUAUAAAAAAUCUCGUCCACCUGUGGGUUCAAAUCAGCAGAAUAACACAAAUGUAGAAGAAGACUACCCUAAAGGCUUAAUUAUUGCCUUCAAACUAAAGAGCAUUUCAGAUGAAAUUCCUUCAGAACAAAAUGGUGUUGACCAACAAGCCAAGGACAAUAGUGUUGUCUCCAAAACAGAUGAAAACCCCCACUCUGAAAUUACUUCAGGAGAAAAUGACCAAAUGGUAACAGAAAAUGUUGGCGAUGAUGAAGAAAACUCUGAGACGAAAGAAGCAAAGGAAACUGAAAGUGAAGAAAACAAUGGGAUGAAAGAAGGAAAGGUAACCGAAGGUGAAGACAAGAAACGACAAGCUGGUGGAAAAUUUUCUGCCGCUGCUUACAAGGACAACAUGGAUGUUGUCUCACGUGAGGAUUUGAAGAGUGUCUUUGAGAAAUUUGGUACAGUGAAGUACAUUGAUUUCAAGAUUGGAGCAGAGUCAGGAUACAUUCGCUUUGAAGAAACUGAAGCUGCUCAGAAAGCACGUGCUGCUGCAGUUAUUUCAGAAAAGGAUGGCUUGGUUGUAAAGAAUUAUAUUGCUAUUCUAGAUCCAGUGACUGGUGAGGCCGAAAAAGAAUACUGGAACCUGCUUCGUGGUAAUCAAGGCAAGCACCGUGAAUUUAAGAAUAAGCAGGGAAGGGGAGGAUGGCAUGGUAGAGGGGGCAAACAUGCACGCUCUAGAGAUAACGGGUCUAGAGAUCGCCGAAAUAAGGCUCAGAAAGUUGAUGCUGCAUAAUGGGUUGGUUGCCUGAUGUAUUAUCCCCUAAUAUAUACUCAAGUUUUGAUUUUAUGGUUCGUUGUAACAUGGCACAUUAUCAUUACUUGCAAUAUUUCUUUAUAAUUUAUAAUUUAUCGCAUGCCAUUUAUUUCUCUCUA